AUGAUCGGCCUGGUGGGGACAACAAAGGUGGCGCCUUCGGACGGAACAGCGAACGCGAACCGCCUCACAAGCGUCACAACGUGGAUAGAUAAAUGGCUUCGCGCAUGGCAUGGUACCCAGCUCGCGCACUUUGGUGGAAAAUACUCGAUCGAACGAAUGCUGGCCCUGGAAGAGUACAGUCGCUCUACAUCUGCGAUUCGCGUUGUCCUCGUGAUCAUUAGCCUGCCGCUUGCUGUCUUCACUAUCGUAAUAUGCCAGGAGACUGUUCCACUUCAAGAUCCAAAAGAAGGUUGGAAAGCAAAUUAUGGAUUUUGGGUCCGUGUGGGCUUUGCUGGAGUUGCUGCGUCGUACGCCGUCACAACACAAGUCGGGAUCUGGCUCAACGUUCGUUCACUAUCUCUAAGGCAGUUUAUAGCGUAUUCCACGUAUUCCGGCAUCGCUUUCAACGCUAUAGGAAUAACAGUAGCGGCGGUAUCGGUAUUUCCAGUCCCGUUCUUCAUGUUGACAAUUUCACUAGUGUUGGCGCUCUUCUUGGGUGUAGGCUUGCGCGUUGUGCUGGGUGGCAAAGCUUGGAGACUAGUAUGUUCGCAGCGGAGAAACCUGCGACAAUUCGGUACGAGAGCUUUGAGUAGGCUGGGAUAG